AUGGAUAGGAAAAAGAACAAGAUGAGGGGGAAUAAACCUCCUCAAACUCUACAAGAGGAUGCUAUUUUCAAGGGUCUGGAUCCUGCGGUUCAGGAGUUCUUGAAUUGGAAGAUCAAGAAAAUGAACGAAGUUAUGAAUCACAAAUCCAAAAGCUUCCAAGAAAUCAUAGAAAACAAACUGAUGGAGAUCCAGACGCUGAAGGCGACACUGGCGAAGUUAAAGAGCAAUCAGGAGCAGGCGGCGAAGCCCAGUCUCGAGCUCAAAGCUCUCAAAACUGAACUGCUGCGACACAAGUCCAGGAAAGAGACGCUGCAGAAGGAAAGUGCCGAAGCCAGCGCUCUCGUCAAGAAGCACAAGAAAGACUGCGAGAAAUCAGACAAGAAAGUCUUGGAGCUGAAGGCCAUGUACGCGGAACAGAAGGACAAGUACGAGAAACAGCUGUCAGAACAGGCCAACGCUCAGGCCAAGAGAGUGGACGAACUUAAGAAACUGAACAAGGGAUUGAAAGAGGACCUGAGCCUUCAGAGCAGAGACUGGGAGAAGAAGAAAAACAGUUUGUAUGCGGCUGUAACUGAAAAAAAUAGAAAGAUCGCUGAACUGUCGGCUCAGCUUAAAGAGUAUCAGGAUAAGACGAGAAAGUUUGAUGACAACACCAAAAAGAGAGACUCGAUUCUAGACGCGAUGGAGUGUUUGUACAACAUAGACGUGGAAGACUUGCGCAAAGACAACUACAACUUAAACGAGGAGGUGAACUCUCUCUCUGUCGACAUCGCGGAAAGAGAGAAAGAGAUCGCGAAGUUGAAAGAUGAGAAAAGAUCCAUGCACAAAACCCUGCGCGAGAAAGACCACGAGCUCUUUCUGCGCGACAAGGAAAGUAAGCUGACAAGCAAGGUUCUGAACACAGAGGAAACCAAAGGCGUCAUGCUGGAAACCAAGCGCAAAAACGACAUUAGUAUAAUCCAGAAUCUGCAAAGUGAGAAAAGCAAACUGGAGGAGCAGCUGAAGAAGACUAAAGCUGAGCUGCAGGCGACACGGCAGCAGUACAACGGCGCCAGCUACAAGAUCAGAAGUCUCAGACAUCAAGUCAAAUCGUGCAAACCGACGAUCGCAGAAGAGAAAGACCGCUUUGUGCUCUUGGAGAAGAAGUUAGGUGCGGUUAUGGGGAGUUUGAGCGGUUGUAAAGACAGAACCAUGAACCAUUACCGCGCAGAGACCGAGAGAAACAACGCCAUCAUGAGUAAUAGACUGGCCAUGGUGGAAAAGUCCAGGGAUCAACUGGUUCCCAUCGUGAACGCGCAGAGGAUGGAGAUUCUAAAGACCAAGAAGAAGGAGCCCAAACCAGUCAAGACCCCAGUGACCAAGAAAGUCACCAAAAAGAAGCAAUCUUAA